GGCACCUUGAGGGGGCCGGGUGGGGUUGUGAUAAGGGAGGGAGAAUGACAGGAGGGUGAUACUGAUCGAGAUGUGGUAUAUUCCCCCCCCCCCUUUUUUUUACAACUUCUUAAAGGUAAUUUUUAAAAAGGAAGGGGAAAGUUGCAGUUAAGCUUGAAGCUACUGCAACAUUAGGCUUUCACAAACAGAGCUGUGUGCUCUGGUCCUUUUUACAUAAUCCUCAUCCUGGCAUUAUUAACAGGCAUGCAGGGCGGGCAGCCACUUCCUCUUGCUGGGGCACAAAGGGGGCAUUUAAAGGUGUCCUCUGCCCGCCUGGAAUUUCCAUGGAGAAUGGGAGGACGCAGAGGCUCCAAUGCUCCAAGAGGGGGAAAAUGAAGCUUUGGGUGCUUGGCGUUUUUCUGUUUUUAUCUAAUUCUCCAGCCUGGACGAAAGAUAAGCACUACUACAUUGGAAUUGUGGAGACGACUUGGAACUAUGCCUCUGACAGCGGGGAGAGGACGCUUAUUUCGGUUGACAAAGAACAGUCUGAUAUCUAUCUUCAGAGUGGUCCAGACCGGAUCGGGAGCACAUACAAGAAGGCCCUUUACGUCCAGUACACAGAUGGACAUUUCAGGACCACUGUGGACAAGCCGAGCUGGCUGGGAUUCUUAGGCCCCAUCAUUAAGGCGGAAGUUGGAGACACAGUUUACGUACACCUAAAAAACUUUGCCUCCAGGCCUUACACAUUCCAUUCACACGGAGUAACUUACUAUAAGGAGCACGAGGGGGCCAUUUACCCCGACAACACCACCGGGACCUUACAGGCAGACGACAAAGUGCACCCAGGGGAGCAGUACACCUACGUGCUGCACACCAACAAGGAACAGAGCCCCGGGGAGGGGGAUGGGAACUGUGUGACCAGGAUCUACCACUCCCACAUCGAUGGCCCGAGAGACAUCGCCUCAGGACUCAUUGGGCCGCUGAUACUCUGUAAAACAGGUUCUCUUCAUAAGGAAAAGGAAAAAAACAUUGACCAAGAAUUUGUGGUCAUGUUUUCGGUGGUGGACGAGAAUCUCAGCUGGUACCUAGAGGACAACAUUAAAACCUACUGCUCAGAACCAGAGAAAGUGGACACGGACAGCGAGGAAUUCCAGGAGAGCAACAGGAUGUAUUCUGUGAAUGGACACACUUUUGGAAGUCUUCCGGGCCUUUCGAUGUGCGCUGAAGACAGGGUGAAAUGGUAUCUUUUCGGUAUGGGCAACGAAGUAGACGUGCAUGCGGCUUUCUUUCACGGGCAAGCACUGACUAACAAGAACUACCGUACAGAUACAAUCAAUCUCUUUCCUGCCACCUUGGUCGAGGCCUUUAUGGUAGCCCGGAACCCUGGAACAUGGCUGCUGAGCUGCCAGAAUCUGAACCACCUGAAAGCUGGCCUGCAGGCCUUUUUCCAGGUCCGGGACUGCCACAAGCCCUCCACGGAGGACAAGCUGCAGGGGAAGGUUAGGCACUACUAUGUGGCUGCCGAGGAACUCAUCUGGAGCUACGCGCCCUCUGGAGUAGACGCUUUCACCAAGGAGAACUUAACAGCCCCUGAAAGUGAUGCAGGCGUGUUUUUUGAGCAAGGUCCCACAAGAAUUGGCGGCUCUUACAAAAAGCUAGUUUACCGUGAGUACUCGGACGCCUCCUUCGCGACUCGAAAGGUGAGAGGACCUGAAGAGGAACACCUGGGCAUCCUGGGUCCCCUCAUCUGGGCUGAGGUAGGUGACACCAUCAAAGUCACCUUCUGUAACAAAAGCCCACACCCCCUCAGCAUUGAGCCAACGGGAGUGAGAUUCAGCAAGGACAAUGAGGGCGCGUACUACAACCCCCACAGCGCCCUCUGGAAGGGAGGUGGGCCUCCUCACCCUGCCUCUCAUGUGGCACCCCAAGAAACCUUUACCUAUGAGUGGACCGUGCCUGAAGAUGUAGGACCCACUCACGCAGAUCCCGUGUGCCUGGCAAAGAUGUAUUACUCCGCCGUAGAUCCCACCAGAGAUAUAUUUACCGGGCUGAUUGGGCCAAUGAAAAUAUGCAAGAAAGGAAGCUUACUUGAAAAUGGGAGACAGAAAGAUGUUGACAAGGAGUUCUACUUGUUUCCCACUGUAUUUGAUGAGAAUGAGAGUUUACUCUUGGAUGACAACAUUAAGAUGUUUACAACCACCCCUGAUCUGGUGAAUAAGGAGGACGAAGACUUUCAGGAAUCCAACAAGAUGCACUCCAUGAAUGGAUUCAUGUACGGGAACCAGCCUGGUCUGAACAUGUGCCAGGGAGAUUCGGUGGUGUGGUACUUGUUCAGUGCCGGGAGCGAGGUCGAUGUCCACGGCAUUUACUUCUCAGGACACACCUUCCUGUCAAAGGGGGAACGGCGCGACGCCGCGAACCUCUUCCCUCACGCCAGCCUCACGCUGCUCAUGCAGCCCGGCACCACAGGGAUGUUUGAUGUCCUGUGCCUCACGACGGAUCACUACACAGGAGGCAUGAAGCAGAAGUACACGGUGAACCAGUGCAAGCGGCAGUCUGAGGGCUCGCCAGUAUACCAGGGCAAGAGGACCUACCACGUCGCGGCCGUGGAGGUCGAGUGGGAUUACUCCCCGCACAGGGAGUGGGAGAAGGAGCUACACCGCUUACAAGAGCAAAAUGUCUCAAAUGCAUUUUUAGAUAAGGAAGAGUUUUACAUAGGCUCAAAGUACAAGAAAGUUGUCUAUCGGCAAUAUACCGACAGCUCAUUCAAAGUCCCGGUGGAGAGGAGAGCAGAGGAGGAGCACCUGGGGAUUCUGGGUCCACAACUUCAUGCAAAUAUUGGAGACACCGUGAAAAUUAUCUUUAAAAACAUGGCGACAAGGCCCUACUCCAUCCAUGCCCAUGGGGUGAAGACGCAGAGAUCCACUGUGGUUCCAACACAACCAGGGGAAGUUCAAACGUAUGUGUGGGAAGUCCCAGAGAGAGCUGGCGGUGGACCGGAGGACGCGGCCUGCAUACCAUGGGCUUACUAUUCCACUGUGGACCGAGUUAAGGAUCUCUACAGUGGAUUAAUUGGCCCACUGAUUGUAUGUCGGAAACAUGGCACGAACGUGUUCGAUCCCACGAGGAAACUGGAGUUUUCGCUUCUGUUUCUGGUGUUUGAUGAGAAUGAAUCGUGGUACUUAGAUGACAACAUCCAAACAUACUCUGAUCACCCCGAGAAAGUAAACAAAAAUGAUGAUGGAUUCAUAGAAAGCAAUAAAAUGCAUGGCAUCAACGGGAGAAUGUUUGGGAACCUGCAUGGCCUCACCAUGCACGUGGGAGACACCGUCAGCUGGUACCUCUUGGGGCUGGGCAAUGAGGUAGAUUUGCACACGGUGCAUUUCCACGGCCACAGCUUCCGAUACAAGCACAGGGGCAUUUACAGUUCUGAUGUCUUCGAUGUCUUCCCUGGGACGUAUCAGACCCUAGAAAUGGUUCCCCAGACACCCGGGACCUGGCUUCUCCACUGUCAUGUGACCGAUCAUAUCCACGCUGGGAUGGCAACGACCUACACCGUCCUGCCAAGUGAAGCUCUCCUUCAAAGUGCACAGCAGCCUAUCUCUGUGUAAACACAUACACCUGCACUUCCUAAAAGCAAAAACAUCCUGUGUACAACUACAAUGCCAUUGUCAAGAUCAGCAGAGCUAUAACAAGGAUGAAAAGACCUUUCUCAAAUUUUACCCCUCACCUUACUUGCAUUUUUGAUACGAGAACCCAAGGACAUGUGCUGUAUGAUAAGAUGCGUCUGAAGUCUCCCUCCCCGACAAGGGUCCCUCCUGCUUUGUGAGCUUCACACUCUAAGUACCGUCAGCAACUGCACGGGACGUCCUACAUGCUGGGUCUGCCCUCAUCAUGGGGUCCGGGUUCAGUGUUUUGGCAAGACUAUCAAGAAGAGAUGUCUUUCUCCCCACCACACUGGUUUGCUGCGUGGCUGGGAAGCUUGGCGAUGGCCUCUGCUAGCCUUCUCCCUCCUGAUUAGUGCUUCAAUGAGAAUCUCAUAGGAAGGAACUCAUUUUCCAAUUAAGGCCUUACUACAACAAGGGAACUUUUUUAUUUAUUUUUGGUUGUGGGUUUGAAUUCGGGGCCUGGGAGCUGGCCUGAGAGCUUUUGCUCAAGGCUAU